CUGAUUUACAACAGACAAACACGAAAGCUGUUAUCAUAAGCGGAUCCGGAGGGGGAGGUGCAGGGGUGUUCGAUAGUCAAGAGAUCACGAAAGCCUUUGCAGAAUUUGGAGGAUACAUUACCAGUCCUACCUUCUGUUACUGACAGUAUAUAUAAGGCAUAAGGUAGCAGAGUAUGUCUAAUCAGCCUGAAAAUGGUGGUGGCAAGAGAAGGGAAAAGGGAAGGAAAGGAGCAACUUCUGGUGGAUUCCUAAAGGGAAAGCAAGAUAGUGGGAAAUCAAGACGGAAUCAAAAUCCAUCUCAAGGUGCACAAGAAAGUUAUCAAGGUCCUCCUCGAGGGCCCCCACAAGCAGGUCAUCAAGGUCCUCCUCGAGGACCCCCACAAGCAGGUUAUCAAGGUCCUCCUCGAGGACCCCCACAAGCAGGUCAUCAAGGUCCUCCUCGUGGACCCCCAAGAGGAGGUCAUUACGGUCCUCCACCAGGACCCCCAAGAGGAGGUCCUCGAGGUCCUCCUCCAGGACCACCACAAGGAAGUUACCAAGGUCUCCAAAGCGGACCCCCACAAGGAGGCCCCCUACUAGGAGGUCAUCAUAGUCCCCCCUGUGGACCACCACAAGGAGGUUAUCAAGGUCCUCCUCAUGGCCCCCUACCAGGUUAUCAAGGUCCUCCACGUGGACCCCAUCAAGGAGGUUAUAAAGGCCCUCCCCCCCCACAAAGAGGUCAUCAAGGUCCAAGCCCUGGACUGGGUCACUACCCUCCUCAAUAUGGUGCUGGACAUUUGCCAGGAUCUGCAUAUAUUCAAGGUGAAGAACAUCAUCCACCAGGAUCACGUAAGCCAUAUAACAUGUCAGACAGUGGUGGACGAGGGCAGGAAGCAGAAAGAGGUAAUGCAAGAGGACAGAGAGAUGGAAGAGGAGGUGGGAAGGGGAAAUAUUAUCAUGAUUCUGGGAGAGGAGAGUUUGGAAGUCAGUCUUCCCUGAACUCAGAGAAUAGAGGCAGAGGCAGUGGCAGAGGAUGGGGACAGCCAUUUCGAGGAAACCGUGGAGGACGAGGAAGAGAUUAUGCAUCAAGAGAAAACCUUUCCAGCAGUACUGCAAGCAUACCAUCCAUCCUUGACAUGGAACUAAACCUCAGAGACCCUAAUCAGAUUCAUGGUGAUGACAGAGGAAGGGCAAGAGGCAGGGGUAGGGGUAGGGGUAGGGGAAGAAGAGGCAGAGGUGAAGUCAGAGGCAACAGAGGUUACUCCAACAGAGGAAACUAUUACAGAAUAACCAAUUUCAACCGAGAGAAAUCUGCUAGUACAUUAAGUGUGGCAUCAUCCGUUGAUGCAUGGGAAGAUCAAGACGAUCAACAAGACGAUGAACAAGACGAACUACUGAAAAUUGUUGAGUCGUACAUAAAGAAGAAGAGAAAUCGAAGAAGAAGCAAAAAAGAUAACAAUAAGGAUGAAACCCGUCUAAAAAUGUAUUUAAGAUUGAUGAUGAGGGAAAUGCUCAUGCAUCUGAAUCUGAAUCUUUCAGUAGUGUGUUCAGAGGCUAUCCUAGGUCAAGAGGCAGUGUUAGAGGGAGAGGGGUGAAUAGUCAAAGAAGAGGUAGGGGUGGGUAUGUCAGAGGAAGAGGAGUCAGGAAUACAGGAGAGGCUUCUUGGAAGAGGAGGGUACAGCCUGAGAAGUCGGUUUCAAGAAGCCAAUCAUCAACACCCGAAGCAGGAGGCCAGACACUUGAAGAACAUGAGGCUGAUUCAAAAUCUGAUGAGGAUUCUUCUGAUGAAGAUGCUAAACCACAAGUUCCCCACAAAUCAGUCAGUACUAAGAAAAAAGGUCAUGUUGCAGCAAAAUUUGUAACAACUGGCAAGUUUAAUAAGGCAGGAAAAGGGAAAGUAUCAAGCAGGAAAUCUAAAGUGACCACAUCUAAGACAGUAGGAAGGUUGUUGCAGGAUGUGUCCAGUGACAGUGGAGAGGAACUACCUCGAGGCUCUAAAGUGAAUGAUAUUCUCAAAGGACUGCUGAAGGAGUAUGGUAAUGACAGCGAGGAUAGUGUUCUUGUGGAUUUGGUGAAAGGAGUUGAAGGAGAAGGUUGUACAGAAGGAGCUACAGAUGGUUUGCAACAGAGGAAGAAAAGGGUGAGAAAGAAGAAAACUCCUGACCGAACCAGAACUAGCAGUGAAAGAAGUUCUGCUUCUGAUGGGGGCUUACAAGCUCAGAAAAUAACUGCAGGCUCCACAGCUCAUCAGGAUGAAGAUGAGGAAGUGAAUGAUGUACAGAAUGCCUUCAGAAAUUUGCUGACUCAGUUUGGUGGUAGAGCUAAGAUGACUGAAUUGUUGAAGCAGAAAGAAAAGUUUCCCAAGUCUUUCUUUGACACUGAAUGGCUACAAAGGCAUAACAAAAAAUUUCUCAUAUUCAAACAAAAA